AUGCACAGCUCACGUAUGGCAGUCUCAGGCGCGCUGCGGGGCCUGAGGCAGGGGCCUCUACCCCCCAGCGCGCGCCUGCUCGUCGCCUCGCCGCGAGCCCGCAGCCUGCCUUGUCCCGCAUCACGUUCCUUGUCUAGCUGUCCCCCUCCUCUGUUGUGCGUCUCCGCCUCUCGCCUUGGCUCAUCUCGGCGCUCUUCUGCGUCCUCGCUUCCUUCUCGCCCCAAACCCGCCUCUUCUAGUCACUCUUGUAGUCACCAGGUGCCUUCUGCGACCUCGCCUUGCGCCGCCGGCGCCCGCUCUUUCUCCGCGUCUCCCUUGUCGCGUUUGCUGGCUUGCUCUCCGCCCGUUCCCUGCCUCUUGGCGCGUUCCUUCUCCUCGUCGCACCUCUCCCGCAAACUCCGCCUUCAUCAAGAGCGCGCAGCCCGCGGACACGUGGAGUAUCUGCGCCAGUUGGAGCGCCCGCCGUCGGACGCACCCUUUCCUCUCCCUCCGUCGCCGUCCUCUUCGUCGCCCGCAUCCGCCGCUUCGGCGAAGGCCGCGGCCUUCGCCGAGGAGUCGGCGGUCCAUACCCCCGAGCCGAGCGUCCUCGUCCGCUCCGCAGAAGAGUGGAUUCGGCGGGAUUUCUUCUUUCCUCUCUCGCACCGACCCGACGCAGGAACGGCGGGCGCGGGCGCCGCGGCGAUGGAGCAGGAGUUGCGGAAUUUGUCGAAGCAACGCGCGAGCGAGGAGGGCGACCAUGGUGGCGAUGCCAACGCCCUCGCCUCGCUCUUCCUCACGCCCGAGGACCCGCAGUACGGCGGAGCCGUGGAGAAAAUCGAGCUGCCUGGCUUCGGGGAGAUCAACAUCGUCCACGGCGACAUCCUCGCGGGAGCUGCCAGCAAGCGAAGCGAAGGAGACGCGAAGGAGCCCGCGACGCAGGAAGAACGAAGGAACGAGGUCGCGGCAGACGCUCUCCUCGUCCCCGUGCCGCCAAACUUCCUGCCCUACAGAGGCUUCGGGCUAGAGAUCCUCGAAAGAGGAGGCACUGCACUCCAGAAGGCGGCAUUCACUGAAGUGAAGCAGAAACUGCAGCAGAGGGAAGCGGCGCGAGGCGUGUUGGCGAGCGAAGGCGGCGACAUGCCAGAGAAGCAGCGGCAGCUCGGCUUCUCUCCCCUGCAGAAGAAUGUCCAUAGGGAAGAUGCUGCAGGCGGUCUGGAUCCAGGCGACGUUGUGCUCACACCGACGUUUGGCGUCUGCCCGAGUGUCAGCCUUCUCGCAUUCGUCGUCACGCCCUACUACUGGCAGGGGAACAGCACGGAGGCCGCGCGUCGUCUGCGCUUCACGAUGCGCCGGGCGCUCGCCGAUCUGAACCAGCAAGGCCCUGGAUCGCUCAUUCUCCCCUUCGUGGGCAUCGGGCUCUACGGCUACGAGCCUCGGGGAGCCGCAGAGAUUCUCGUUGAGUCCGCCGUUGAGCAGCUUCUACAGGUAGACGCGGUGGAGCCGAACUACACGCUGCGGAAGAUCACCUUCGUGGAGCGAGACGCGACGAACGCGGCGCUGCUAGCCGAGGCCGCCCAGGCCGCCAAGCGGGCUUGGCUGCCAGAGCACCAGGUCGUCCCGGCGCCGGUCUACUGGAGUCAGAAGCAGCGACGCCUCCUCGAUGUCACAGAUGGCAUGCUCAUGUUCUGCCGAAAGCACACGCGACUUUCCUUCAAAAAGCACCACGGCGUCAUUCGCCGGCAGAAGACGCACUACUUCUCGAAUGUUAGGCCCUUCCUGUGGCGCUCGUCUCGCGUUUUGGAGCCUCCUCCUCUCAUGCUGCACAAGCACUCUGGCGCCGUUGCGGACUGGCAGCUUCCUGCUCGGCCUUUCUACCGGCAAGGCGUUUCCGGCAUGCUGUUCCCGCCGCGAGUGCGGCGCGGCUUUCCUGUCAUGCGUGUGAACUCCAAGGGCCAGUUCGUGGGGGUGAACAAGAUGCCGUAUAUCGCUGAAAAGGCGCAACCCAGAAUGUAG